AUGCUAGCACUGGACUGGUGGAGUAGCGAAAUCUUCAGCAUGAUCGUCGGCCUUCUACACGAUACUGCUCAACUUGCUGCACAUGUCGCGGCUGCUAACCUCUACAAUCUAGUGUACACCUUUACAUUGGGUUUGAGCAGUGCUGUUGGAAUCUUAGUUGGUUUAUCGAUUGGCAAGGGCAACGUAUCUAUCGCCCACGCGGGCUCUAGAUGUGGAUUAGUUGUCAGCGUCUUGAGCGGCGCUGUAAUCGGGGCUCUCUUAGUUUUGGGCAGCAGGCUCAUUGCUGAAUUGUAUGCCCCUGGACAAGUUCUCGUGCAUCAUUAUCUAUACUACAUAAUCCCCAUCAUUGCACUCUCGAUGCUUACCAGUAGUGCUCAGGCGUCCUUGGCUGGAACGUGCAAAGGACUGGGUUAUCAAAAGACUGCAGCAAUGUCCAACUUCAAGGGUCUUUACCUCGUCAUGCUUCCUUUAGGGACAUACAUGUGUCUCUGGACUUCCCUCGGAGUAGCUGGGGCAUGGAUAGCUCGGGUUAGCGGCACUCUAGUCGUGUCAGUACUCCUACAUCGGAAGCUCUCUGCUCUUGACUGGGAUACAAUCGCCAUCGACGCUCGAGCUCGAAUGAAUCGCGACCGAGAAGACGCCAAGACGACGCGUGAGUAUCACUGA